AUGGUCUAUGCGGCGGUCAAAUCUGCUCUCUCUGUUGGUCAGACCUACAGAGAGUUCGUUACACUCGUCACUGGAGCGCCGGGAACGGGCAAAACCUCGGUUUCCGCGACAAUCGCCUUGUAUCGUUCUCAGACCAAAAGACCGCUUCUGAUAGUAUGCGGCUCGAACCAAGGACUCGACGUGAUCUCUAAUCGUAUUGUGAAAGCUCUCCAAUUCCAAAACGAUCCCCAGGGAGCCGAUGGCAUCUUUCAAUUCGAUACUGAAUAUCAUGAGGAGGCGGAAACACAGUUCGCGCCGCGGAUCCAAGCUGUAUCAGACACAGAAUUCGUCAUGAAAAUCCGCUCAGACCUGGGCCAAAUGGAAAUUGCCGAUCAGCAAUUUACCUUACUCCGGUUAAGUAUCGAAGCAUCCACCACCCAGCAAAACGGGCUGUCUCUAGGAAGUCAUAUAAUCAAACGCCUUGAGUAUGCGAAAUGGUUGGGGCCAGGAUGGCUUGGUAGUGACGACAAUGAGAUGGUUCCAUUGUGGACAUUCCUUACUUACCAGGAAGCUCUUGCUCGGAGGGGUUUCCUAUUCUUGGAGGAUGUGGUUGAAGAUCCCAGCGUGAUGGCAGAUGCUGGUGAUUCUGCCUAUAUGCUAGCAACUCUGGUAAGUCGCCGCAAAGGGGCAUGGCGCGAACUGCAGCAGUUCAACCUGCAGAAAGCCCGGGUCGUUCUCUGCACGGCUAGCACAGCCGGCCGCAAGCUGCUCCGGGGCUUUUGGCCCUUGACGGUAUUAGUCGAGGAGGCUUCCCAAUUAACGGAAACAUUGACGGUAAAUGGUAUCGCUCGCAUUUUAGGGUCCGUGAAGAAAGCCGUUCUCAGUGGUGAAAUCAAGCAGUUGGGCCCAACAGUACCUUCCAGAAACGCGGAUGAGUUUUAUGACUCUGAGACGCUACCCUUCUUUGCACGUUUCCUCUAA